CCUCGAUGCAGCACGACACGCUCCGUAGGCGAGUCCAUGCAUGAGCCUCUUUUCCUCCCAUCUCCUCCUCCUAGUUCACAAAGUGUGAGAGAAGCUGUUACUGUGCCACCAAAAAACAAAAUACAGCAUCACUCAAUUCUUCUCUCCCUUCUUUCUAUAAACCGCCCAUCUUUGUUCCCCUUAUUUCUUUUAUGUCCUUUCGAAAAGAAAAGUUGAUGUCAUGGCAGAGACGGUCCAUCGGAAGGCUUGUGAUCGCUGUCACGCGCAGAAACUCAGCUGCAAACGAUAUAACGACGAAGCGUGCGAGCGGUGCGUCAGACUCAAGACGGAGUGCAAGUCUAGUCCGUCGCUACGGUAUAGGAAGAACCACCACCAGCAGCAGCAGCAGCAGCAGCAGCAGCAACAGCAACAGUUUGUUAAUAACGGGGCGACUUCUUCUCUUACUGCUACUUCGAGUGGACGCCGCUCGCCGAAACGACGACGGACAGAUAGUCAGGAGGAUCCGAGUCUUGUCUCACCCGACACGGACAACAGCCUCAGCCUGACGUCUAAGAGUCAUAUCCUCCCCGUCUCCGUCCCUGUCCCUGUCUCACCCGAUCCCGUAGUCGACAGCACCGACUUUGCCUUCACAUUCGACCAGCAGCUCGCCUUCUUCACAAAUCCUCAGUAUUUAUCUCACUCUGAGUUCCCCGGAACUCGUCCUGUGUUCUGGGAACCUGCACCUCUCUACCAGCACCAGCACCAGCAGCCACCUGAACACACUUAUCACCAGCCGCCGGGUGAAGUUGCACCAGAGCGUGACGCCCUUCACCAGCAGCACGUCGUGCCCCUGAGCUGUGCACCUGAGCACAGCAGCACCUCUGACAAGCGCGCGUCACGCACGCAGUCGAAGCAGCAGCAGAGGAGUAAUAGACCUAGGCCCAGACAGAUCACGCUCCGCCACGACGCUGACUUGUCGCCGCUGCAGCAGCACGAGGUUCCCCCGAUUCACUGGAUGGCGCAGUUGUCUGACAUAAACGCCCGGCUGCUGGACCUAGCGUCCGCUUUGCCUUCUCCCCAGGAUGGACCGCUCAUGGGUCGCCCUGUUGAUGAGAGGUUUAGAAGUCAGGGGUUUCCCAUCGAGGAUAUGUUCAAGCUCACGCGACGUGUUGCUGAUAUUCUUGAAAAACCACCAUCCAACAAUGAUGGGAGUAAGAUACAUCACUCUACCAUUGAUGGAAGUGAUCCCGGAAAUGCCAUGUUCAUCUUGUCAACAUAUGUGCGUCUGCUCGACAUGUAUCAACGAGUCUUCAGCCUCGUACACACAGAGCUAGCAACACAGACAGACACAGGUACGACCUUCAGCUUCUGGAAACUACCCGCCGUGACGGUAGGAUCCUUCGCUGUAGAGUCGUCUCCAUUUCUGCAGAUGUCUCUCACGAUCCAGCUAGCAGAGGAGUUCUUAUCUCGUCUGAGAGGUUCGACGGCGCGGUGGUCAGGGGCUGGGAACGCAGCGUCUGUGUUUGCGGGAGUUGUGGAUGUGUCUUUUCAGGCGUUUCGGGAUCGGGAGGAGGCUUUGGCGAAGCAUCUGGUUGAGUUGCGGAGUGAGAUAGAGCCUUUGAUAGAUUCAUAGGGGGCAGUGACCUGAGGAGAGAGCACGAGUUGGAUAGGGAACUGGGCUGGGGAUGGAUGCAGUGUCGGUAUAGGGGCUUCAACUGUUCUGUCUGAAGAUGGAGGAGGCCUCAAGAAGCAAUUCACUAAUACAUACCAUCGUUUUCACUGAGACAAGCUCACAUCACCA